AUGCCAACGACCUUCUUCUCACUCCCGGCCGAGCUUCGCCUCGACAUCUACGAGCUUGCGAUGGACAAGGGAGAAGACGAAGCAAAGUACUUGGGGCGCAUCUGGGGCAUGCCCUAUCGCAACGUCAUACCAGAAGGUGUACCAUCCCUCCUCCAAGUCAACCGCCAGAUACGCACAGAAACCCUCCCGCUAUACUUCAAGCGCUACACCUUCUCGGUUCUUCUCUACCGGUGGCCUAUACGGGGAAUUGAGGCUAUGGAGAAGAGGGCCGCCGAAGAGAUUGUGGGAAUUGUGGCGAGCUGGCUGGAUGAUAUGGGAGAGCGAGGAAGGAAAGCUCUUCGAGCCGUGGAGAUGGAGUUCGAACAAGACGGCGAGGCCAAUGCGACUAUGGUGAAGAGCAUGUUGGAGAAGGAGAUGGAGAAUCGCGGACUUGAGGGAGUAAGGGCGGGAUGCUUGAAGUACCUUUGGCAUGUUUACGAGCAGGAUGACCCCAUCUGGGGUUGGAGCAGUUUGCGUUGGCUGGAGACUUGA